AUGCUUAAAGGAUGGGCUAGUGCAAUUUGGGUGUUCAUUCAUAAGGUGGAUCUAUGUGCUUCAGGGUGGUGUGACGAGGACGGGAGUGGGGGAUGGCCUAUUCGCAAGCAACAACAAAACCAGCCCUAUGAAGUCAUAAUAGAAUCUCCACCUGCUUCUUAUUACGAGUGGCGUGGUGGCAUGGCAAACAUAUGUUUUCGACGUCCUAGGAAUCCUAUAAUUGGUGAUAAAUUUAGUAGUAGGCAUGGGCAGAAAGGUGUUUGCUCUCAACUGUGGCCAGAUAUUGACAUGCCGUUUUCAGGAGUUACAGGAAUGCGUCCAGAUCUUAUUAUCAAUCCUCAUGCAUUUCCUUCGAGGAUGACAAUUGCAAUGCUUUUGGAGUCCAUUGCUGCUAAGUGUGUCCAUGACAUGGGUCUAAAUGUGAUCCCUGUCACAGUCCCUGGGACAGAGGGGCACCAGAGCAUGUCUGAUUUCAUGAUUUUCAAGUCUUCCAUUGAAGCACACUGA